UUGCAGAUUUCAAUGGCGGUGCAAAAUGCAGUCGUGUUUUUUAACGCCAUUGUCGUUUUGCUGUUCGCUUUUAGUCUCGGCAAUGUCGAAGAUUACAGUCCUAAGCCUGAAAUUGGCUAUCCAGCUGGGUUAAUACCAAACUGUCCAGGCGUCUUGAAAAAAUGCUACAAUAAGCUCGAAGAAGAUGCAAAUGUUCCGAAUUAUUAUCCACAAAUUGAAGAGUUACUAGAUUUAAAAAAUAAGAAGACCGUACUUUACUGUGGCGGUUUCCUCGACAGUGCUUCCUUUCCCUUCAGCCGCGCGUUAGGUACUGCCUACUGCAAACGUGGAUACAAUGUUAUAAUGGUAGAACUGUUUCAGUUUCUCACGUAUAUUUAUCCAAAGUCCGUCAGAUUGACUAAAGUGCUCGGAGACAAGAUAGGCGAACUCUUAACGAAACUUACCGAACAAGGGCUAAAAACUGAAAAUUUAGAAAUCGUCGGUAUUAGUUUAGGAGCUCAUAUAGGGGGGUAUGCAGCUAAAUACUUAUACGCUGCGACGGGAAAGAAACCAUCAAGGAUUACUGGUCUGGAUCCUGCUGGCCCAUGCUACCGUAGUCUACCACCGAGCUCAAAACUUCAAGCUUCAGAUGCGGACAGAGUAGAUAUAGUUCAUACUAAUAUAGAUGGAUUUGGCUUGGCAGAGAAGCUAGGACACGUAGACUUUUAUGUCAAUGGAGGAGAGUACCAGCCGAGUGACAUACCUGCCAUCCCUUGCCUUGUAUUGUGCAGUCACCUCAGAUCCGGCCUUUACUGGUGGCAGGCGAUCGAGCACCCAAAGAAGUUUAUUGGCAUUAAAUGCGAUUCGAUUCAAGAUGCAAGAUUCGCGAAAUGUUUCAACAACUCCGAAACAAAUUACCUUGGUUUGGAAACUAAAUUUAAUAGACCAGGGAUAUAUUACCUGCCAACUUUCAACGAAUUCCCGUAUUAUAGAGGAAAGGAAGGGUUAAAACAAGAGAAUGAGAUUUAUACAUCAGUUAGUCGUUUAAUUAAUUCUGUGAAUCUAUUUGAAGUCUAA